AUGCAGUAUCAUCAAAAAAAGAAAGGGGCUUAUGUGUAUAACAGUUUGCCAUUGAAUACACCCUAUCGACAAACUUGUCGUGAAUCAAUCACUACAAUGAAUGCAGGCUCGAAUGAAGAUGCCACUGUACACUAUGAAGUUUUUUCACGUAAACGUUUUAAUAAGUGGAGUAAACAAUGCAGUGAUGUACGGGAUGUGUUAAGUAAACAAAGAGCUGCAACUGCUAGACGAGUUUCGCAAGAAAAACGUGAUUGUUAUGUAAAAGGCAGACUUAUUGGAUCUGGAUGUAUCGAUUUCAAUCGCUCAUCUGUACCUAUUCAAACAGAAUUAUACCUUGAAGAACUUACAGAGAUUAUUGAACAAGAUGAUUUUAGCACGCAAACGGAUGCAUUUUUAAGCAGACCAUCAACACCUAUAUAUGUACCAGCUAAAACUAGUAUUGAUAUAGAAACACAAAUCUAUGAAAAUGAUCUAUUCAAUUUUGACUUAGAAGUUCAGCCAUUUCUAGAAGUGUUAAUUGGCAAAACAAUUGAACAGGCUUUAUUAGAAGUUAUAGAUGAAGAAGAAUUAGCCAAUUUACGUCAACAACAACAAGCUUUAGAAGAAAUUCAUAAUGCUGAAUUAACUGAAAUCGCUAGACUUGAAGAUCGUAAUCAACGUUAUGUAGAAGAGAAACAAAGACGUUUGAAACAAUAUGAAAUAAGCGCUGGAUUAGCUAAAGAGACAGCAAGAAAAAUAGCAGCACAAGCAUUCACCAAGUCUUAUUUAGCCCCAUUGCUAAAAAACACUUAUGAAGAGUUAUUAGAAAGGGGCUACUUCUAUGAUUCCACUGAAAUAGAUAUUGAAACUCAUUUCUUUGAUUCUCUAGUUAAUGCUGUAUUAGAUUCAAUGGAGCAUGAACGAAGUGCACGUUUAUUACUUGAUGGUUUACUACGUGAGGUUGUAUGUCAACGUCAUACAGAAUUUCGUGAGUUAUCACGUUCAAUUUACGAAGAAAAGUGUAUCAAUGAAGUUCUUCCAUUACUUAGACAAGAUGUUGCAAUAUGGAUUAUUCAACAUUAUACUGUACUAACUAUUUCAUGUUUACAAUUAACACCUGAAGUAAUGGGUAUUUUGAAAGAAGAAGUGAUUAGUGAGAUAGAAAAUUCACUUGUGAAUAAAUUAACCGUAGAAGUUGAAGUACAGAAAGAAAUUACCUCCAAUGAUGAACAAUCUGAGGACUGUUGA